AGCUCGAGUGGACCCGCACAGGGAAGCAUUUAAUGCGAGCAGCGGUAAGUAAAUGCACUUCAGUUUUUGAAAACUAACACUGACCGUUGGAUUCACAAUGCACAACCUUGGCCGUCCGAUAAAUAUUAAAUGCUUCCCACCAGCUUACUUUCCCUCUCUUCUUCCUCCUCCUCCUCCCUCUCUUUCACACACAACACACUGAAACGCUACAGCCACCUUCUCCGCCACCGUUCGGCUAUACCCAACUCUGAAUUACUCGCUGAAACAUACCUCAUUGAUUCUUGGGAAGAGAUGAAGCAGCGUUACUCGUGGAAUACGGCUCUGUUUUUACUUGAUCCAAGUAUAAAACUUGUCUUUUUGUUGUUUUUUUCGUAUUUGAGUUGCAAAGUUUCGAGCUUGGGAUCAAUGUCGUCCAUCGCCAUUUCCUACGGUGACAAGGGUUCCGUUUUCUGUGGUUUAAAAUCGGAUGGGUCACAUUUGGCUAAUUGCUAUGGUUCGAAUCCUGCUAUUGUUCAUGCAACCCCAAAUCAUUCACCUUUUCUUGGUUUAACCGCUGGUAGUGGCUUUGUUUGUGGACUUCUCAUGGAUUCAAACAGACCCUUUUGCUGGGGAAGUACAGGGUUCAUCCCAAUGGGUUUGCCUCUCCAAAUGGUUAGGAAUUCAGAGUACUUGGAGAUCAGUGCAGGAGAUAAUCAUUUGUGUGGAUUGAGAAAACCCUUGAUGGGGAAGUUGAGAAACACAUCUUUAGUUGACUGUUGGGGUUAUAACAUGACAAAAAGUUACAGUUUUGAUGGGCAGAUCCAAUCUAUAUCUGCCGGUUCUGUGUUUAGUUGUGGUUUGUUUGCUCAGAAUAGGAGCGUUUUCUGCUGGGGAGAUGAGACUGCAAGUAAUGUUAUUGAAUUGAUUCCUAAGGAGCUUAGGUUCAGGAAGAUUGCUGCCGGGGGGUAUCAUGUUUGUGGGAUUUUGGAAGGGGUUUAUUCUAGAGUUACUUGUUGGGGAAGGAGUUUGGAUCUUGAAGAAGAAAUUUCAGUUGGCUCUCUUGUGUACACUGCGCAGCUUAAUAUGGAUUUGGCCCCUCAGGAUCCCAUGCUUUCUAUUGUGGGGGGGAAGUUUCAUGCCUGUGGGAUUAGAAGUUAUGACAGAAGAGUGAUUUGUUGGGGUUAUAGUGUCGAAAACAGCACGCCGCCACCUAAUGGUGUUAAGCUUUAUGAGAUUGCUGCAGGGGAUUACUUCACUUGUGGAGUUUUAGCUGAGACAUCUCUGUUGCCGGUUUGUUGGGGUGUCGGUUUCCCUUCAGCGCUGCCUUUGGCUGUUUCGCCUGGACUAUGCAAGUCGACACCGUGUUUACACAAUUUCUAUGAGUUUAACAAUGCAAGUGCACCUUGCAGUUCUCCUGGCUCUCAUAUUUGCUUGCCAUGUAGCACUGGUUGUCCUAAUGAAAUGUAUCAGAUUGCUGAAUGCAAUUUGACAUCAGAUAGGCAAUGUGGAUAUAACUGUUCGAGUUGCAGCUCUACUGAGUGCAUUUCCAACUGUUCUAAUGCGGGUAACAGCAAUAGUGAUAAGUUUUGGUCAGUGCAAUUGCCAAUCAUUAUUGCAGAGGCUUCUUUUGCUGUGUUCUUGGUGAGUGCUGUGGCAUUGACCGCAGUUCUUUACGUUCGAUACAAGUUAAGGAACUGUAGAUGUUCUCCUAAGUCCAAAAGAAGUAGUAGUGGUUCUUUCAGUAAGGAGAGUGGGAAGACUCAGCCAGACUUGGAUGAGCUGAAGAUUAGGAGGGCUCGGAAGUUUACUUAUCAGGAACUUGAGAGAGCCACUGAGGGGUUUAAGGAAGAAUCAGUGGUCGGAACGGGUAGUUUUUCAUGUGUGUUCAAAGGGGUACUGAAGGAUGGCACCAUAGUUGCAGUUAAAAGGGCUAUUGGUUCUCCUGACCUGAAGAAGAACUCAAAGGAGUUUCAAACAGAACUAGAUUUACUUUCAAGGUUAAAUCAUGCCCACUUGCUCAAUUUGCUUGGUUAUUGUGAAGAAGGCGGAGAGAUGCUUCUGGUUUAUGAGUUCAUGGCUAAUGGUUCCUUGCAUCAACACCUCCAUGGGAAGAACAAGGAACUGAAAGAGCAAUUAGAUUGGGUCAAGAGGGUCACCAUUGCAGUCCAAGCGGCUCGUGGGAUUGAAUAUCUUCACGGUUAUGCUUGUCCCCCAGUAAUUCACCGGGACAUAAAGUCUUCAAACAUUCUCAUAGACGAAGAACACAAUGCCCGUGUUGCUGAUUUUGGCCUUUCCUUGCUUGGACCUGUCAAUAGUAGCUCCCCGUUGGCCGAAUUGCCUGCUGGCACACUUGGAUAUCUUGACCCGGAAUACUAUAGGCUUCAUUACCUCACAACCAAAUCUGAUGUUUACAGUUUUGGCGUUUUACUAUUGGAAAUCCUCAGUGGUCGGAAAGCCAUUGACAUGCAGUGUGAAGAAGGAAAUAUAGUUGAAUGGGCUGUCCCUUUGAUAAAAGCUGGCGAUAUAGAAGCCAUUCUUGAUCCAGCUUUGAAGCAUCCAUCUGAUCUUGAAGCUCUUAAACGGAUUGCUAAUAUAGCUAGCAAAUGUGUGAGGAUGAGAGGAAAGGAGAGGCCGUCAAUGGACAAAGUGACUACAGCUUUGGAGCGAGCACUUGCUUUGUUAAUGGGCGGGCCAUGCAACAACCAACCGAUCUUGCCAACUGAGGUGGUCUUAGGAAGUAGUAGGUUGCAUAAGAAGUCUUCUCAAAGGUCUGGAAACCGAUCAACGUCUGAAACAGAUGGCGCAGACACAGAGGAUCAAAGAUUUGAGUUCAGAGCUCCUUCAUGGAUUACUUUUCCUAGUGUUGCCUCUUCCCAAAGGAGGAGAUCGUCUGUCUCUGAAUCGGAUCUUGAUGGGAAGAACCUAGAAACAAGAAAUGUCGGAAAUGGCACCGGUGUUGGAGAUGGAUUGAGAAGCCUAGCCGAAGAGAUAGGGCCGGCUUCUCCUCGAGAACACUUGUACUUGCAGCACAACUUCUAACAGCCUUCGGAGCAAUGUA